AUGUCUCCACAAACUUCCAUCAGAAACGAUAACACCCCACAUUCCUCUUUACAUCCUAUAAACUCAACACCACCACCAACAACAUCUUCUUCUUCCCCUCCAAACCUCCGAUUGCAAAGCAUCGCCGGCCACAUGUCUUCCUUUGCAUCAACCAGUUUCCCAGCUGAGGCUGUGCCUCAAGCUCCAGAAGAUCCACUGUUCGGGUUAAUGGCAGCUUACAGAGCUGACACCUCGGACCAAAAAGUAGAUUUGGGCAUUGGCGCAUACCGAGAUAACAAUGCAAAGCCAUGGGUUCUUCCCGUUGUCAAAAAGGCAGACGACAUCCUCCAUUCAGACCCCAGCCUUAACCACGAAUACCUCCCGAUCGCCGGUCUUCAAUCCUUUACCUCUGGCGCAGCAAAGCUGAUCCUGGGCGCCGAUUCCCCAGCUCUCACCGAAAAGCGCGCCUGCAGCAUACAAACCAUCUCCGGCACCGGCGCCGUCCAUCUUGGUGGCUUGUUCAUCAAGAAAUUCUACCCAGGCACGCCCACCGUCUACUUCAGCAAUCCAACAUGGGCCAACCACAACCAGAUCUUCAACAAUAUCCACAUCCCCAUCGCCACCUACCCGUACUUUUCGAAAUCUACAAAGGGCCUGGAUUUUGAUGGCAUGAAGAAUGCUAUCGCUGAUGCGCCCGAUCGCAGCGUGAUCCUCCUACAUGCCUGCGCCCAUAACCCCACGGGCGUAGAUCCUACACAAGACCAGUGGAAAGAACUCGCCGUGCUGCUGAAACAAAAAGAACACUUCCCAUUUUUCGACUGCGCAUACCAAGGCUUCGCAUCUGGGGAUCUAGCCAAGGACGCCUGGGCAGUCAGAUAUUUCGUGGAGCAAGGGUUUGAGAUGUGUAUCGCGCAGUCCUUUGCCAAGAACUUCGGCUUGUAUGGUGAGCGCGCAGGCUGCUUCCAUUUCGUUACCGGUCCCGGCGCAGACUCACAAAAGACCAUUGGGCGCAUUGCUUCUCAACUUACUGUGCUUCAACGCUCCGAGAUCUCGAAUCCACCGGCGUACGGCGCGCGGAUUGCGGGGCUGGUGAUGAAUGACGAAGCGUUGUUUACAGAGUGGGAGGAUAACUUGAGGACUAUGUCUGGGAGAAUCAUUACCAUGAGGAAGGCACUGCGUAGUAAGCUCGAGGAGUUGGAUACACCGGGUACCUGGAAUCAUAUCACGGAUCAGAUUGGUAUGUUCUCAUUUACCGGGCUGAGCGAGGCACAGGUUCUGAAGUUGAGAGAUGUGGCUCACGUCUACAUGACCAAGAAUGGACGCAUCAGUAUGGCGGGACUGAAUACAGGUAACGUAGAUUACUUUGCCAAGGCUGUGGAUAAGGUCGUCCGGGAAAGUUUGUGA